UAACCCGGCGGCGGUGUCACGUGACCCGGCGGGGGCAUUGCGGGAGGGGGAAGGAGGAUCCCGGUGUCCGGCGCUCCGGGGAUGCGGUGGCGGCUGCUGUGGCUGCUCAGCGCCGCCGCCGGCUGCUGCUGCUGGGGCCUCGCCGCGGGCAAGACGCUGCGGGGCGGCUUCGCCAGCGCCGCUGCCCGCCGGGAGCCGUGGCGGCCCGUGGCGCGCUUCCAGUUCCACGGUGACCAUGCUGUUCUGUGUGUCAGAAUCAAGAACAUAGCAGUAGCUGUGGCAAAAGCAGCUAGACUUCACCUCUUUCAAGCACAGGAGUGGCAGAAGUUGGAGAACAGUGUCCAAGAUCACAGCUGUACAGAGAAGUUCUCUAAAGCUCAGCUGACAAUGACUGUGAACCACACAGAGCAAAAUCUGACAGUGUCCCAGAUUCCUUAUCCGGAAACAUGGUAUGUGUUUUAUGUAGACAAGUUUACCUGCGAGGAGAAUUAUUCUGAAUCCGAGGAUAUUCAGUUUGAAAUGGUCUUACUAAACCCAGAUGCAGAAGGGAAUCCAUUAGAUCACUUUAGCGCAGGGGAAUCUGGAUUACAUGAAUUCUUUUUCCUGCUUGUCCUAGCAUACUUCAUAACUGCUUGCAUAUAUGCACAAUCCCUGUGGCAAACAAUUAGGAAGCGUGGACCUAUGCAUGGUGUAUUAAAGGUGUUGACAAUUGCAUUGAUGUUGCAGGCUGGUUCAGCUUUUGCCAACUACCUGCAUUUCUCAAGUUAUUCUAGAGAUGGGAUAGGAGCUCCUUUUAUGGGAAGUCUGGCAGAAUUGUGUGACAUAGUCUCACAGAUACAAAUGCUGUAUUUAUUGUUGAGUCUCUGUAUGGGUUGGACAAUAGGCAGAAUGAAGAAAUCUCAUGGCAGACCUCUUCAGUGGGAUUCCAGUCCAGCAUCUACCGGCAUUGCUGUAGUGGUUGUUGUUACACAGAAGCACAAGCAAUUUUCUGGGCUAUGUUUAUGGGUUGCCUUCAGUGUCGGGUGGACACAGCCUCCUAAUCAGCAAAUGUCUUGUGGUCUUUGCAGCUGCAAAGAGAGCAUUUUGUUAAUUUGGGAGCAGUUUGAAGAUACAAAUCACCACAGCUACCAUUCGCACCACGGCUUGGCGAGCGGGCUGCUCAUUGGCCUCAGAGUCUGCCUAGCUCUGUCCCUGGCUGCUGGGCUGUACCAGAUUAUCACAGUGGAGAGAAGCACACUGAAAAGGGAGUUCUACAUCACCUUUGCCAAAGCUUGCAUUCUCUGGUUUCUGUGCCACCCAUGUCUUGCAACCAUCGCUGUAAUAUUCAGAGAAUAUCAAAGAGAAAAGAUUAUUACCAUAGGUGUUAUCCUCUGUCAAUGCAUCUCCAUGGUUAUCCUCUACAGACUUUUUCUAUCUCAUAGUCUAUAUUGGGAAGUAUCUUCACUGUCAUCAGUGACAUUGCCAUUAACAAUAUCCUCUGGACAUAAAAAUCGACAUCACUUCUGAGAUGUUUAGGAAGAAUACAUUAUGUAAUAAAUGUGCAAUAAUGACUUGAAAAUACA